UUUCUAUCAUCCUGAGUUUUCUCUUUGACCUAUUAUCUCUUUUUCGCAACCGUUAUUUCUUUUAUUUUCUUUAAGCAUCAGUUUAGCCAUGUCUACCGCAGCGCAACCCAAAGUUAAGAAAACAGCUGCGACCACCAAGAAACACCUCUCUCACCCUACCUUUGCCGUGAUGAUAUCGGAGGCUAUUACAAGUCUGAAGGAGAGAACUGGUUCAAGUCAAUAUGCGAUAACGAAGUUCAUCGAAGGGAAGCACAAGGAGUUGCCUCCAACCUACAAGAAACUUGUACUCAUUCAGCUCAAGAAAUCUGUUGCUGCUGGCACACUUGUCAAGGUUAAAAACUCCUUUAAACUUGCACCCACUAAACCUGUCUCUGCUCCUCCUGCUAAGGUUGCUGUUGCUGCUCCUAAAAAGCCCAAGUCUGUUACCAAGACCACCACCAAGGCUGCUUCUAAGCCCAAGCCUGCUCCUAAGAAGAAGCCUGUGUCUAAGCCCAAGGCUAAGACUGCUGCUGUAGCUGUCAAGCCCAAGGCUAAGCCUGCCAAGAAGGUUGUUGCCAAGUCUGCCAAGAAGACUCCCGUAAAAGCGGUGAAGAAGCCCAAGAGUGUGGUGAAGAAACCCAAGAGCGUGAAAUCUCCAGCCAAGAAAACCAAGAAGUGAAAAAAUGGAGUGGGAUGGGUUUUGAUUUGAUGUUAUAGUGUUAUCUAUUUCAGAUGAAAUCCUAGUAUAGGUUGGUAUAUUGUUAGAAAGAGAGUAUUUGAUGUAAAUUUUCUUGUUAGAAAGAGUUCUCGUUUGCAUUGAAUACAGUUCUUCAUUAUUCAUA